AAUUAUUUUCACGUGAGCACGUCAAUACACGCUCAAGUUUCUAUCGCAUUUAUUUUUAUUAUUAUAUGAGUAGGCAGAUUGCAGAGGCUUGAAGAAUUGCUGAUAAAGCGUUGAACUCUGUUUCGGCAGGAAAUCACCAAUGCUCUAGUAAAACUGUGCUGUCACGACUGUCAUACGGUGCAAGACGACGAAGUAGAACAAGCUCCAGAAAAGCGAAAAAGGGGACAAGAGAUCAUUGAUGAUCAGACGUAAAAACAGAAUGAUUAAAAUAAAAAAGAUAAGUCCUUGAAUAAUCUCGAUGUCAUUGUCAGUUCAACGUUCGAGAUGGUGCGUAAUUUAUUAAUCGACGCACGAACGACAAAAAUAAUCGGUGAUCAAGUUCGAACGACCUCAAGAAUUGGCAAGUUCUGGUGAUAAGAAAAAGUGACAGAUGCAGUGACCAAAGGAGCACUUAGCUCCUUGGAAUCGCUUGCAGUAUUCAUUAAAAUGAGUAAAAUGUAUUCAACUGCCAAUCUUUCUGACAAGGAACUCAAGGAACAGGGUAAUCGCCUGUUCAGUUUGCAUAAGUACGAAGAUGCUGCUAACUGCUAUACUAAAGCAAUCAUUAAAAAUCCCAAUCAGGCGCUUUACUUCACAAACAGAGCACUCUGUCAUCUGAAACUCAAAAAAUGGGAAUCUUCAUGCCAAGAUUGCAGGCGUGCUCUGGACAUGGAUCCUUGCUUAGUGAAAGGACACUUUUUUUUGGGUUUAGCUCUAUUGGAAUUGGAGCUGUACGACGAAGCCAUAAAGCACCUCCAACGCGCGGUGGAUUUGGCAAAGGAGCAGAAACUGAAUUGCGGUGACGAUAUGACGAGCAUGUUAAGACAAGCACGUAAACGUCGUUUUCAGUUGCGUGAAGAACAAAGAGUUGCACAAGACAUCGAACUACAAUCAUAUCUAAAUCAACUAAUUAUCGAAGACGCAGACCGACGUUUGUUAUUACUGAAGGAAGGUGAAGCUGCGGCUGCGACAGCCAUCACUUCCCCAGCUCUUCCGGGAGGAGACAAAAGUGACAACGUCGAGAAUGAAACCGCGGAUAAUUCACAAGAGGAAAAGCGAUCACCAACUGAAAAAAAUUUAACCAAACCUCUGUUGGACAGGGAGGAAAUCGAGGAGAGAAAAGAGACGUGUUUGGCUCGUCUGAACGAUCUUUUUGCUAAAGUCGACGAGAGACGACGUAAGAGAGAAGUACCGGAUUAUCUGUGCGGCAAAAUCAGCUUCGAGAUCCUUCAAGAACCCGUUAUCACACCGAGUGGAAUAACGUACGAGCGAAAAGACAUCGAGGAGCAUUUGCAGAGGGUCGGGCACUUCGAUCCGGUAACUCGGGUGCGUUUGACACAGGAUCAACUGAUACCGAAUUUGGCGAUGAAAGAAGUAGUCGAUUCGUUUCUCCAGGAGAACGAGUGGGCGUUGGAUUAUUGAUGAAUUUUCAAUAUCUUAUAUUGGUGAUACACGAUAUAUACAAUUUGAAAGACUGGUCAAUUGGUGUACGCGAUAGAUGCGAAGUUGCUAAAAAAUUUGUGACGACAAAUCGCGUUUUAACGUCCGUAAAUAUCAAAGGAAGGGGAGUUCACGAGUCAAAAUGAGAUUUAUUAACCGUACUACGGUAAUGAACGACGAUUAAUGGAGCAUGAGAAAAAGAGGAAUGCAAAGAGUCCAGAAAUCACGUGCCAGAAAUUCGACCAGAAUCUCAGACUACGGCUCGAACGAAAAGCGUUGUAUGUACAUUACAUCAUUUUUAAUUCUUCGUAACUCGCUAAUGAAACGUAAAAUAAUUUAUUUUAAAAACUGUG